AUGGAAGACUCGUCAUCUGACUCUUCAAAGUCGAAAAGCUCAUUGAAUCAAUCAUCCCCACCUAGUCCAAAAGAUGAUAGUUCAUCUGAUUCAGAAAAAUCCUCAGAAAAUCAGCAACCUCAACAAAGAGUUCCGUUAAAUCAAGUUAGAGGCUCCAUAAUUGAACAAUUAGAACAACCAUUCCUUAUUGCUACAGUUGAAUCAUCUUCAGUCCACUCAAUGAGAGCGCAUUUUAACGAAUCAAAAUUAAAAAACUCAAUAUCAAGUAGAAAUCGAUCUUAUGAAGAUUUUAAGAAAGCCAUUAAGCCAUUAUGUACUCGUCAAAGUGAAUUUGAACAAGAUAUAUUCGACAGAAUUACAUAUUAUAUAAGAACUUUAUUUAAUUCAUCAAUAUUAAAUCAAAUUGCAUCAUCAGAUCCUGCUCACUAUGAAGACUUGUUUAAUAGCUUUCCAGAAGAUACAAAACUCGAUAUUACAACACUUAUUGAUUUAAUGGAAGAUAAUCCACAAAGCUGUGGUUUAAUAAGAUGGGUAUCACAAAACCUUUGUCAAGUUCCAAUUAUACAAGAUUUUCAAUCACCAGAUGGCGUUAAAUGCAUGAUUAGCGGAGUUAGACGCGAUUUCUGGGGAAGACACAAAAAGAUAUAUUGGGCGGUCUUAUACAACGAUAAUAUGGUCAGAAUAUUCCGUGCAUCAGAUAAUAAACUCUACACAGAAUUCAAAUGCGAUAUUAUUUGGCUCAGCCGCAGCAAAAAGACAAUUAAAUUCAGCUCAACGCCUUCCAAGAUCGAUUUCAUGCUUGUUCCACCUCCAGGAUACGAUACAGAGCUCUGGGAAACUCAUGCUCUCAGAUCUGACAAUAUUCCUUACUAUUCAUCAUUCCCAUACUUCCAGAGGCCUCUUCCCGAGCGAAUUUUCGACAAAGACAAGCGCGCAAUCGAAAUGCACGACAUGUUAAUCAUAAGAGCCCUUCUCCGCAAAGAAGUAAUCAAAGCAGUAGAUUCCAAGAAGAUAAUGAACCUUAUUUUAACAGUUUACAGCUAUUUAUCCAUGAAUAAUGGCCUUUAUUCUUGUUUGGCCAUGAGGGAAGUUUUUGAUAGCGAUAAAAGUGACAGAGAAUUGUUACAAGACGAUUCUUACCUGGCAGUCUUAAUUGAAUUGAUUAUUACUAAUUACUGUCAGGACUACUUCAGAUCCGUGAUCGCUCCAAUGCUCAUGGAUAUCGACAGAGGCCAAAUUUCAUUUAAUGGCUCAUUCAACAUCGAAACGGCCAGUAACCUGAUUGGUGUUGUUAUUAGGACAUUGAACCAGAAUGUAGAUAAGUUUCCACCUCAACUUGCUCACAUUAUGUCAUUAAUGUCUGUAAUUAUGGGAGUUAAGUGGGGAACACAGAAAGGAAGAUAUCUAGGAGGAGCUCUGGUAUUUUUCGAGUGCUUCCUGUUUAAAGUUAUGUCGAAUGGAACUUAUUAUUUCAAAGAUUUCCAUCCGAUCCAUCCUCCUGCUGAAUUUCUUCAGGGAUUCAGCCAAGUCUGCAGGCCAGUGUUUUUAAUGAGAGGCAUUGCAGAGAAUUUCCCUGAUGCUUCUGGAAUGGAAGCUUUGGUUGAGCCUCAUAGAGUGCAGGCAGUUUCUUUCAUUGAACAGGCUUGCAUCCUUAAGCAACAACCAAGCUAUACUAUCAUCCAGAAAGAGCAAUAUAAUGAUGCAAUUAAACAAAUUAUCGAAAUUGCUGCAUCAAGAAACCAUGAUGGAAGUUUCAUGAGAGCGAUUCAAAGAGAAUCCUUAACAACAUUAAGAACACCAAUUGCUGGUAGUGUAAUGCACUUUUUGUAUUGUCUUGCAAAUCAUCAAUGA